UUUAAUCGCAGAUUAAGUAUAAAAAACGCACUCGUAUAAACAUCAGGAUGUACUCGGCGACCAACUGAAUGAGAUAGUAUAACAUGUUGCUCAGGUUCUCUAUUGCCGAUUAUCGUACAAUGAUCGUAUUCGAGGUAAUUUGCAUGUCACUUUUAUAAAUUAUGUUUGGUUCUGUCAUUUCUUACCAUCAAUCUGUUAACUGAAAAAUUUGACAAAAGCAUCGCGGAAUGACUCGACAGUCACUUUUGUUCGCACAUAAAUGAAUUGCAUUUAUUACGUAAACGAUAUUAUAGAAAUAAUUGUAGCAACGGUACUCGAGAGAUUUAUACCGUAUUUCUGAUAUAACACCUAUUCAGAGUAAGGUGCAAUUUUUCUUUCUCGCAUAUUCCGCAUGUAAAUACUCGUCAUGGAUAAUUAUUAUUAUGUAUACGUAAAGGCAGACCUUGGACGAUAUGCAUCAGCAUAAAAGACGCACUUUACGUGAACUAAUAUAGAUUUUGCAUUCCACAACCAACAAUCUCAGUCAGUGACUGCAAUACAAACAAAGUCAGAUUUAUUCAUUGUUAUAAUUUUAUAAUUAAUGUUACAAAAAUACCUCAAUAAAGCACUUAAUAAACUUUCUCAGGUUCUUAAUUAUUUAAGCUCAUAUUUCUUCAUUUUUUAUCAACUACUGUCAAUAAGAUGAAAGUUAACAUUGAUUUUACUCAUAUGUUAUAAAAGAAAGGUAGAAACAAAAGCAAGACUUUCUGCUACAUGCUACAAACUGUUAGCAAACGGACUACGGCUCGUUAAUCAAUGGGUCAAUUUACCCAUUGGAUUUACGUCGCGGAUGAAAAAUUCAUGUCUAAUGAAAAAUGUAUCUUGCUCAUGGCGUUUCGAAAAUUUUCAUGCACAUUCACUGCAUGUCGCGAUGUUUAUCCGUUCAUGUUGGAAAACUUCCAACGAACAAAUUCCAACGUUUCUUCGGAUAAUUUCUUACGCAAGGAAUACUGAAUACACGACAUGGUGUAUAUAAAACGGAAACAUCGAAUGUCGAUGAAAGAUGAUCGUUUAUCUCUCAACGAAUCCACGUUUUGUCCUAUCGGGAAUUAUCUAUUUUCCAAUAAUUUUCCGAUAGACACACUUCGCUUUUAAAUUUUUCCUACUCGAUUGAUUGAAAUUCGUAGAAGCCGUCGUGCAAUUUCGUUAUUGCAUCAUAUCAUUAUGGUUUUUAUGGUUUUAUGAUUCUGGCCUAGUCUCGUCUUUCCUUUAGAUAAAAUGAUGCGUACCUUAAAACGUGAAAUAUAACCAAUAUUUGCCGAACGUUUAUCCGUUUCGCAAUAAUUCGAAUUUAUCAAGAUAACAUAAUUGCGUAAUCAAUUUUUACGAUGACAAUUCGCAAUUGAAGUUGUGAAUCUCUCAUUCCUCGAGAUCCGUUAACUAAGAGACUAAUAAUAAAGAUGUUUUUAAAAUCAUAAUUGAGUUGAAUCCAUAUUUCUCAGAUCAUGAAAUACUAGAUUUUUGUUAUCAUCACGUUUCUCAUUAGUUUUGCAGCACAAUUAGCAAACUCAGUAGUAUGGACAGUUUAUCCUGUUCUGCAAAUAGCUCUCUGAGAACAAAAGAAUAUUCUAAUAGUACCCUAAUAGAGCAUUAUGCAAGAUAAUACAGGAAAGAACGAGAGAAAAGACGAAAUAGAAAACAGUUCGAAAAAAACAGUUUCUAUAUUAAGAAAAAACAAUUAUAUCAAUUAUUUAGCUCAAUGAAUUGUAAUUACUUAGAAAUUUAACAAACAUAUCUUUAAACGAAGUUUGCAGGUACCGAGAGAACUUGGAAUCAAUAGUCUCACGGAAUAACGUUUUCUGCAAGGACGACUCGAUUGAAAAAAGUUUGUAUUAAAUAACGUAAUCGCGCCAGAGAAAUCAAACUUUCGAACAACGACACGUUCAAGGCCUGCAAUAGUUAUCGGUAUUAUAUGUAUCGGAUACCUGGGCACUUCGAACAUACUUCUGAGAAGUAGUUUAACAAUUUGCCGUUAAACUAAUAGUCCAUUGCUCGUUACAUCAUCUGAGCCGAGUAGAUGAAAGCCGAAGCACGUGAUGCGCGUGAACACGCGCGUGUUGCACGGUACCGGUAUCUAAUCGACGAAGAAUAGCAUUAUCCGACUUCGCGGAUUUGUUGACCAAUCUGUAGCUGACGAAUGACAGAUCACUUGCUUCGUCCUCGAGCCGCAGCGGAUGCAAGGAGCGCACAUUAGCGUCUUUAUAUCUAGUGUAUCCGCAGACACGAAGGAGUUCUCGCGUCAACGAGAUUAGCGAUAAUUCCUGACGAUUAUUUCUUCCGAACGCUGCCUUCAUCCGGGGAUAACGGGAUUAUAUCUUGUUAUCACUGCUAUCUUCCGGACUUUGCUUAAUUCCUUCAAUAAAAAUUUAUAAAAUGCUAAUUAAUAAUAAUCGGAGAAUUAACAGGUUCAGUUAAACAAUUAAGAAAAAGAAAAAGUGAGUGACCGUCGCGCGUUUAAUUUAAGUAAAGGAUUCAAGUGGCAACGCUUAGUAUAUUACGAUAAUGAAAUAUCUAGUCUAAAAAAUUUCGCGGGAAGCUUCUGCGGAUGAAUUUUGAACUGGAAAAAGUGCGAAACAGAAAAUUGCGGUAUUAUUCGGGCAAAAAAUAUCGUGAAGUCGCGCGCUAUAUCGAAGCGUUUAUAUCUUAUCGCGAAGUGUUGGCGAAGAUAGGAUGAAGAUUACUUCCCUCCGAGAGGAUUGUUACAGAUUGAUGUUAGCUUGAUAGUCUAGCAAAAAAGUCCGAGACAGUUUUUCGCGCGACGAUUAGCAACACGUUUCCGUCGUCGUGAUUUGGAGAGACUGAUUUCUAUUUUCUUGUGCCCCAUACUUUCUGCAUGCCACAAUGGCAAAUAUGGAAAAGAUAGAACAUGGUGUUUAUAAAAAAAGUGGAUACACCAACGAGGCCUUCCAACUUGACGGUUUGUCCUUUGAUUCGCACGAAAAUAUUCCGCCCGAUUACAAGACUUCGUAUCCCGAAAAAGGACAAGAACAUCCUGAAAAUUCAGCAGCUAUUAAAAAGGCAGAAUGGGGUGGUAAAUUGGAAUUUCUGAUGGCCUGUAUAGCUACUUCGGUCGGAUUGGGGAAUGUAUGGAGAUUCCCAUUCACCGCAUAUGAAAACGGCGGUGGUGCUUUCCUUAUACCCUAUAUUAUAGUCCUAAUUUUGGUCGGAAAGCCAUUUUACUUGCUGGAAGGACUUCUGGGACAGUUUACCAGUAGAUCGUGCGUGAAAACGUGGUACAUGACACCAGCUAUGAAAGGACUGGGAUACGCGCAGGCCUUCGCCGCAUUCUGCGUCGUUUCGUACUACUGCGCUUUGAUGGCAUUGACCCUUUACUAUCUAGUGGAAAGCUUCCAAGCCACAUUACCGUGGUCGAUCUGUCGUCCAGAAUGGCAAGGUUGUAUCAAUGCUACUUCAAAUCGUUCUGUAUCUGAGAAUCCCAACGUCACUGUACGAAGUUCCGCGGAACUAUAUUUCAGGAAAGUAGUAUUGCAGGAAUAUGAGUCUAUCGAGAAUGGCAUCGGAGCGCCGUCUUGGCAGCUGUCAAUAUGCCUAUUUCUCAGUUGGGCCUGCAUUUUUGGGGUACUGUUUCGCGGCGUGAAGAGCACGGGUAAGGCUGCCUACUUUCUUGCAAUAUUCCCUUAUGUGGUGAUGAUAGCCCUGCUGAUCCGCGCCGUCACUCUCAACGGUGCCCUCGAUGGCAUCCUCUUUUUCGUUACGCCGAAAUGGGACGCCCUAUGGACACCCAACGUUUGGUAUGCCGCUAUCACGCAGUGCUUUUUCUCGUUAUCGGUCUGUUUCGGCCCGAUCCUCAGUUAUUCAUCUUAUAACAACUUUGAGCACAGAGUGGACAGGGACGUGAUGAUAGUGACCACGCUGGAUACGUUCACCAGCUUGAUGGCUGGUUGCACGAUUUUCGGUAUCCUCGGUAAUCUCGCCAGCGAGCUAGGUACGACAGACAUCAGCAAAGUGGUUCGCGGUGGGACCGGUCUGGCCUUCAUCUCGUAUCCCGACGCGCUAUCGCGCUUCCAAUUCGUGCCACAACUGUUCGCCGUGUUAUUUUUCAUCAUGUUAUUUGUUCUUGGCACGGGAAGUGCCGUAGCAUUGUGCGGUGCAGUGCUCAACGUCUGCCGUGAUCAUUUACCUAAAAUGAGGCAAUGGCUGCUGGUGCUCUGCGUCACCUGCGUCGGCUUCAUUGUCAGCCUGGUCUACAUUACUCCAGGCGGUCAAUGGUUCAUAACAUUAGUUGAUUACUACGGCGGGACUUUCGUGGCGAUAAUCGUCGGCGUCCUCGAGAUAGUGACUAUUUUCUGGAUAUACGGUCUAUCGAACUUCCUCGACGACAUGGAAUUUAUGCUAGGCAAUAGGUUGGGCUUCUACUGGCGUUUAUGCUGGGUGUUGAUCACACCGUUGCUCAUGAUCAUCAUACUAAUUUACACGUGUGUUUCUUAUGAACCGCCCACGUAUGACGGCAUGCGAUUUCCCAACUACGCUUACGGAAUAGGAUGGUUCAUACUGGCUCUAGGAAUGUCCUUUAUAGCGUUCUGGAUCGUCCAGAAAAUAAUUACGAAUAAAUCAUCAUCCUUUACGGAAUCCAUCAAAAUGGCUUUUCGACCUGCGGAAGGUAAAUGGGGACCUAAGGAUCCGAAAAUACAUAGAGAAUGGGAGACAUUCGUGGCAGAGAAAAGAUUUGGAACUCAAAGAAGCCUUAUGAGAAUAUUUUUUAAGUAAACACUCAGCGUUAUUUAUUUCCUCCUUCUUUUUUAAUCCUGUGUUCUUUUUUAAUCAUGUGUUUUUAUUUGAUUAAUCAUGUAUUAGUAGUAGUAAUGUAAAAAAAUAAAUCACUUAUUUUACAAAUAUUGCUGUAUAUUGCCGUGUAUCAAUUGUACAUUUUAUCCUUUUUUUUAAAUAAAUUUUUAAAUAAAAGUUAA